AUGGCCACUCAUACCAUCCGCAAAGUCGUCUACUCUGCCUACGGCGGUUCCUCCAACGUGAGCGUCGUCACAGCUCAAAUCCCCCCUCCAGCAAAAAACGAAGUCCAAGUCGAUGUCAUCUACUCAGGCUUCUCUGGCGCCGACAUCCAGAUGCGACUUGGCACAUACCCCAUGCAAAAGGCGGCACCUUUGACACCCGGCUACUGCUUCGUUGGUCGCGUCAGCACUAAUGGGGACAAGUCCUCCAAAUUCCGCCCUGGUCAGCUCGUUGGCGCUCUUAGCGUGUACGAUGCUGAGGCUCAGAAGAUCAAUAUCCUCGAAAAGUACCUGAUCGCCAUUCCUGAGCGAGUUGAUAUGCAACAGGCGGUUGCUGCUUUUCUUGAUUGGAACACCGCUUAUGGCCUUGUUCAUCGCGCGACAAAUUUGGUUGGCAAGGGCCAGCGCGUCUUCAUCCAUUCCAUCAGUGGCGCUGUUGGCUAUGCCAUUAUGACCCUGUGCCUGCUGGAGGGCGCUGAAGUCUACGGCACCGCUUCAGAGCGCAACCAUGAGUCUCUCCGCCAGCUCGGAGUAACACCCUUUACCUAUGCCAACAAGAACUGGGUCAGUGAGAUGAAGCAGCGCGGUGGUGCACACGUGGUCUACGAUCCAAUUGGAUUUGAGCACUACAAUGAUUCAUGGGAUAUUCUCAUCACCGACGAGCCCUCGCGUCUUGUCGGUUUCGGCGGUAACAUGAACAUUCUCCAGGGUGAUGACGCCAAACCGCGAUCGCAGUACGUCGGAAUGGCCAAACUUCUGGCCAAGAACGGCUGCUUGUUCACCAAAAGAAGCACUUCCUUCUACUACAUUGACCGCGAUCGCGCGACAUAUAUGGAAGAUCUUCAAACCGUCAUGAAUCUCCUCAUUGAUGGAAAGGUUGAGGUCCCGAUCAAGAAGGUCUGGGAUUUGGAGAACGUGCGGGAGCCCCAUGAGACUUGGGGCAAGGUCUCUGGGAUGGGAUCAUGCUUGAUCCGUGUCGACCCCAAUGCUCCUUGA